UACCAUAAAGUUUGCUUCAAUGGACUUCGCCAGGAGUUUUCAAUAUCCAGGUUGGAAGAUUUUCAAGAAAGGUGGAAAGUCUCUUCCCAACCAGACUGCAGAUCUACAUACAAUAUGUUUGAAAGGAUUUACGAUGUCAAAAGGAGGUCAGGUCAGAUCAUUGUGCCAGAUACUUUUCAAACUAAACUGCUCAAGUGGCUGGGAAACAGUGAGGACUUGUUACGCGAAGCCAAACUUCAAUUUGUUACAAUCAUUUACAACAAGUAUACAAAUGAGGAGACGAUAUUCAACCCAUUAAGGUCCAAAAGACCAGGUGUAAAUAAUGAGGAAGAUGUCCAAACGUACCUUGAUGAACUCAUGCAGAAGUCAACAAAAGAUUGUGAUUUCUGUGCGUAUCAGUUUAAAACUGCAGAAGACACGUUUGGUCGGAUUGAAUCUACGCAUUCUGGCACGGCAGCCAACGCAUUCAAGUACAACGGAUACCAUUCUCUAAUAAUUUCUAAAAAACACAAUAUUUUUGAAGUAAACGAGGAGGAAUUUCUCGACAUGAUGCACACAACAAUGAGAUGGUAUAUGAAAGUGUAUGAAACCGAUAAAGCCUAUAAAUACCCUCAGUUAAUGUGGGAUUGUCUACCGAAAGCCAGCGCCAGUCAGAUCCAUACGCACGCCCAAGCUUCCCUCAGCCCGGACGGGUACUAUGGGGUAGCACCAGGUUUUGACGACAUUCCAGCUUUAGUUCGUAUAGUUAGUCGGGGUCCAGUAAACAGCCCCCGUUCAGAUAUUAGUGCAAUGGAAUUAUUUGGAGCUUCCAAUGUUAACAUUGAUCCGUUUAACGUGAUACAGUACAUUGAAAAUUCUGUGAAGAAACGAAGUGUUGUUGAACAGAAGGAAGAACAUGAGGAACAAAAGGACGUACAAAAAGAAAAUAAAGAGAAAUCAGAAGAAUUGAACAAAGUAGAGAGUAAAGAAAAAAGCAGGGAAAACAACUUGGACAUAAAUGAAAAUCUGGAGUUGGAGAUAAAAGAUCAAAACUGAUUAAUUGAAUUUCUAAGCAAUGUUUUUUUUUUAUACUAAGCAAUAUUAUAUAAAUAAUGAACGUGUUUUAUUGGCGCAUUGCGCCAAUAAAAAACUUUCAUUAUUUGUUUUAUAACACACCUAAAAUAGAUUCUUGUCAUUUGAUAUUUUAUGAAA